UUUCUGUUGUUUUACUCAAAUGGCCUUUGUGUUUGUUUGUGUGCGUCGAAAACAAAUUUCAUUGUAAUUUUUGUUUGAAUUUGUAAUUUCGAAAUAAACAUCAUGGCAUUACCUUAUGAUGCAUUACCUUAUGAUCGCAAAUUCUAUCAUGGAACAUCAAAUGUUGAAACAUCGAAAUCAAAAAAAGCUAAAAUCUAUGCAUUUCAUGAUGAUGAUAGUAAUGAUGACCAUAAUAAUGAUGGCCAUCAUAUGAAUGUUGAUGAUAAAAGUAUUAAAAAGAAAAUUAACAAUCAAGAAUCAAAACCAGCUCGAGUACCGUAUGAGUUUAUUAAAUCAUUCCAACAAUUAUUGAAAUCAAUUGGCUUUAUGAAACUUGAUGAAGAUGUUUACAAACAACUUCGAUCAUUGUUUCCAUUGUUACAUCAUAACCAUGACAAUCUGACAAUAGUUGAACGUAAUUUGGCCAAUAUUUACAAAUGCGAUCCCUUCCAUGACGAAUGCUUUUUUACAACAAAUGAUGCCAUCGAAUUUCGUAAACAUAUCGACCAGAAACAUUCGAAUCGAUCGUUGUUUUGUUUUUAUUGCAUCAAAUCUGAUGAUGACCGCCAUAAACAUUGUUCAAGUGGUUCAAAUUGUUUUGACAAUUCCAAUGAAUUGGCUGAUCACAUUGCUGAAAAACAUUCCUGUUUAGCAUACCAAUGCAAUCUUUGUUUCUAUCGUGCAUACUCAUUCGAUCACGUUUUGUUUCAUCAAGCAUUUGAACAUUCGAAGAAUUUUUAUGAAACAAUCAAACGAUUGACAUUGGAGAAAAAAGAUGAACCAGAUCACCAAUUGAAUGUUUUCGAGCAAACUUUUUUAAAUCAAGCUAUUCAAGAUGUUAAGACAAGCGAUGAUGAAACUGAAAUUGAAGAAUCUUUCGAUGACAAUGUAGUUCAAAUUCAUCAUCUAGAUAUCUGUAAAAUCAUCAAUUGUUUGGACGAUAAAAUCGAUGAUAAUGAUUACAAAACUUAUAUCGACCGUUUUGGUUAUCAACCCGAAUAUCAAGAUCUUUGGGAUUUUGAAAACUAUUCACUACAUUGUGCAUAUUGUAAUGAAAGUCCUGGCCAUUUUGAUAACAAUGACAAUUUGUGGAUUCAUUUCAUCACUUAUCAUCCUGAACAUCCAAUUCUUUCAUAUGAUCUGAAUUCUGAACAAAAUCGGAUGAAAACUUUACCAUCUUCAUCUGAAACCAAAGAAGAAGAUGUCAUUCAAAUGAUAAGUGAAAUGCGAAAAUUACUUGCAAAGAAUUCAUUGCCAAGAAUGUAUGAGGAAAAAUUGAUGCUUGAUGCAUUCGAUUGGUAUGAUGAUUUGUUGCCAAUUCCUAAAGGAACAAAAAGAAAACAAAGCGACUUGCAAGACGAGACUAUGGUAACACCUGGUGAGCAAAAUUCAAAUGAUCAAACGGAUUCUGAUUCUUUUCGAAAUAAACGACGUCGAUUAUUUGAGAGAUUUAUACCGGAAUCAGUACGUAAUCAAGCAAAAACGGCCAUCGGAGUGGCAACCACAGCUGUCGUAGCACUUGGAUUCUAUCAUUUUGCUCAAUAUUUACCCAUUAGUGUCCAGCGACUAUUGGAACAUUAACAUUUUAAAUGAUAUGAUGAUGAUGAUGAUGAUGAUAUUGAUAAUAAUCAUGACCAAAGAUGACAAAAACAAUAAAUAGCAGAGUA